AUGGCGAGAAGAAUAACCAAGCAAAACCAAUUAGCAGAUACACAGGAUACGGAUUGGGGGAUAAUGAAGCUUCGGAGACGUGAAAGCUCGGCAAUAAGCUCAUCGUCUGCAAGGCCCCCGCCUCGUCGAAGUGGUAGACUUCAAGCAAGCGCUAUCGAAAGUGCUUCUUCUGAACCUGAUUCUACUACCGAACCUUCCGAUACUCCCGAACCUUCGGAUAGUCGCGAACUGUCCGAGACGCCCGGACCUUCUGAGACUCUUGAAACUGCAGAUCCGCCCGAACUGGCCGAUGCUUCCGAAUAUGGCGAUUCUACCGAACGUGGCGAUUCAUCCGAGCGUGGCGAUUCAUCCGAACGUGAUGGUUCUGCCGAAUCUGAAAAUGAUCCAGAAGAGAACACUGGUACAAGAACAUUUGAAUCCAUUAUACGCGAACGUACUCGAGGAAUUACUGAUCGCGACAAAUAUUUCGAGGUGGUGAAGGAUUUCUGUUACGAACGAUUAGUCACUGGGCUUCAAGCUAUGGUUGGCACUCAAUGCGUACCACGGCCAGACGGUACUAUCUUUCAUCCUCUGACCGAUCAUCAAGUCAGACAAAUGACCGAAAAGAGCAUCACCAAUCCUCCACCAAGACCAUUAGUAUUAUUGGACGAGGCCGAAGUUGUUGGAUUGAGAUAUGCUGAGGAUAAGAAAAAAAUUCGUGUUCAAAAACUACCAGAUCAGUAUCCAGAACCAAGAGCCAUGCCUGAACCAUCGCCGCUACGAGAAGAGUCACAACUCAGCACAGAAUGGCUAAGUGAGGGAUCAGAAAUCUACUAUGACGAAUAUGAGGACGAAGACGUUGUCCUGAUGCCUCCGCCGAGUAACAUUCCGUGUUCAAGUCAACAAGCGGAGGCCUUUUAUCAAAAAGUGGAACCUGAUAUGGAUUCCGUCUUCGAAGAAGUGAUAAGAAAAUCAAAAGAAUCAUCAAUCUCAAGCCCGUCGAAUGGUAAUGUUGUAACCAGUUCAAUGAUGUCGAGUGGAGAUUCUGGAACGAGUUCAAUAGGCUCAAUCAUGCGAAGCCAAAAUGUUGAAGCAAGUGCAAUAAGCUCAAUCCUGCCAAGCCAAUACGUUGGAACAAGUGCAAUGGGCUCAAGCUUGUCGAGUGGCAAUGCAGCAGCAAGUUCAAUGACGGUCCACCAAUCUCUAGCGGAAAUCGGGGAACCUCGACCGACUUACGUCCGACAGAAAGACAAAGAUGACGACCCAGUAGUCACUGCCAAAAUUCAAAACAUUUUGUUAAAGGCCACUGGUGAAAUGCAGAAUGAAGAAAGGAAGAAGAACGAAGCAUCUCAAGAUCAGGGAAGAAGAAAUAGUCGAAAGAAAAGUAAACCAGUGAAAUACGAAGGCAAUUCGACUUUUGACUUUUCUUCAUCUCCACCACCACACAGUGUCGCGCCGGGAUCUGGCGUUGCUCCGAAUGCUUCCUGGUUUGUUGAUGGACCAGAUGCUCAUGCUCGCUUUGAUUCACCUAUCACUGAUGUUAAGACUGAAGACGACGAUAAUGGCUCUCCAAUGCCUCCACUGUUGGAACGAUUCGACAAAGAUGAUAUCUCUGGCUCUUCUUCGCCUUGCAAUGUGCCUUUCCUCUCAGCCGCUGCAACAAUGAUUAAUGGUAAUCAAAUGUGGAAUGAUAAUCAAGUUGCUCACAAUGCUGCUCAUGCUCCAAUGCAAAUUGCUCAAAUUAUGAUUCCGUCUGGUGAAGCUGUUUCCAAUGAUGUUCCACUCCGCGUUACAUUUGUUAAAAAUUAUCGUCCAACUCAUAAUUCUUCAGCUGCGCUGAAACAGCCAGAAGGUGCCGGACAGAACAUGCAAGGCUUCAAUAAUGGAAGAUCUAUCAAUGCUCCAACUACACCGAUGCAAACUAAGUCUGAAGCUGCCAAAUCUAUCUGUCAAGGAUCAAGAAAUGUCUCUAUCACUUCUGCGCCGAAUGAUAUUGAUGAUUUUGAAUCAGUCCAGAGAAAUACUGACAACGCUAUUUCUAGCGAUGCUGCUUCCACGUCAUCUGCUACUUCGAAAACAGUUGCUUCUCCUCUCUGGAAGAAACCUCAACUGCCACAAAAACCCAACAAACGGACAAGGAAAAAAGCUGCCGCCGCUGCUCGAGCUGCCGCAGCUGCCGCAGCUGCAGAACGAAGGAAAGCUGCCAAGCGAAGGCCAAUCCCACUUGAGCUCGUGAUUCGUCCGAUAGCAGAGGAAUCCGAUUCUGACGGUUCACAUUCUCCUGUUCCAAUUAUUCCACUCCCUCCCAAACCUCCCACUGAUCCACGGGCCUGGGCGGCCAUUGACGACUUCCGCAAGAAACUAAACAAUGACGUCGUCCCCGACGAAGACGUGACUUUACUGGCACUAUUGAAAUUGACGCGUGAACCAGAUGAAAUAGAUCAGACUGAAGAGACACAAUCACGUGGCGAGGAAGAGUUUGCAACUCAGAAAGAGUCAUCUUCACCAAACGAGCUGCCAGCUGAUCAACAUGAAUCUCCACAACCGGUUCUUGAAAAAGAAGUUCCACAUAUUGCGCAACAAGGAUCGUCACCAGUGCCAAGUGAGGAAGAUGUUCCUCCCACACUUGAAAAACAACUCCCAACAGUUGAGAGAGAAGAUUCAUCAGAAACUUUGCCAGCUGCCGCUCCACUUGAAGAAGCAAAAAGAAAUCAAACAUCUCAACAGAAGCCAAUGUCGUUCAAUUUUGAUGCACCAGUGGAUAUGACACCGCAAAAAAUUUUCCAUUUUGCUGCGCCAGUAGAUCUCUUCCAAAACAUAGUUUUCAAAGACGCUCCAAAGAGAUGCCUGAAAAAAGUGGCAUCUAAAAAAGCAUUUAGAGUGCAGCCGGUAACAGAAGUUUCGACUAGUGUCACUCUAACACGCGAACCUCAAAAUGAAAACGUCGUCGUUUAUGUUUCUGCUAAAAAGGAGGCUUCAGAAUCUCAAGUUCUUGAAGAAGAUUCUACUGAUCAACAUGAGAAUUCUGCUGUAGCACAAGAAGAAUCUCCAUUUGCAAGACUCUCCUCCACUCACGAAAUUUGUACUGCUUUUGUUCAAGAGUCAACAUCAGAGGAAAUUGCUGUUAGAUGCUGUCUAUCAAGAGAACUGUCAGUUGAGCAACACGGAGCGUCGUUUCUGCAAGAAGAAGGGAAUCAACAGGAACAAGAUGGAGAAGCAGAAAUUCCAGUAUCUGUCCACCUCGAUCCAGAAGAUGAAAAUCCACCGCAACUUGAAUUGCAACACAAUGCCUGUGACGACAAACAGGCACAAGAAGAAUCUACACUGGUGCAAAUGAUUGAAGAAUUGGUCCCUCAAAAAGAGCCUAUUCCUGCAGAAGUUGGAGAAAAUUUAAUUCCAGCUAGGGAGAUUACUCCAGUCCAAGAAGCAGCACAAUCUUCUACGAAACCACCAGAAGUGUCAGUUGAAAUUCGAGCGCCAUUGUCAACUCACGAAGCUACUUGUGACGCUACACUGCCAAUAGAAGAGGAUACACAGGUGCAAAUGAUUGAAGUUUUCGUUCCUUCAAGAGAGCCUACUACUGCCGAUGUUCAAGAAGAUUUAAACUCAGCUAGGGAGGCUACUCCAUUGGUCCAGGACGGAGCACAAUCUUCUACUGAACCACAAGAAGUGCCAGGUGGCUGUCUAUCAAGAGAACCGUCAGUUGAGCAACACGGGGCGUCACCACUGCUAGAAGAGGAACACCAUCAGCAACAAGAUCCAGAAAAUGAUCCUGAAGAUGAAAAUCCACCAAAACUUGAAUUGCAACACGAUGGCUGUGACGACGAACCGGCACAAGAGGAGGCAACACUCGUGCAAAUGAUUGAAGAAUUGGUCCCUCACAGAGAACCUACUCCUGCAGAAGUUCAAGAAAGUUCGAUUCCAGCUAGACAAGCUACUCCAGCAAUCCCAGAAGAAGCGCAGUGUUUUGCUGAACCAGAAGAAGUGCCAGUAGAAGCUCAAGCACCACUUCCAACUCAUGAAGCUACUCCACCAACUCAGGCAGAUCUUAAGAAAACCAUUCAAGAGAGCACCACACCGUCAGAUCUUCUGGAUGCUAUAGCACUAGCUGUCACACCACAAGCUCGUUUUCCAUCACCAAAGCCAAUGGCAGUGCCAUCCUUAACGCAGUCAAACAGGUCGAUAGAAAGAUUGUCGGAGACCAAUGACUCUCACAGUUCAUCACAGAGCAGUAGCAAGAAAAAGCCGAAGGCUCGCAAUAGUGAACUGGACAACUUGUUGAAAAUGGAUUUCGGACCAAAAGAGGGUGGCAGUCUUGAAGACUGUGCAUUCAAUUCUGGAACUCGUCGUAGCCCGAGAGGCGUAUCUGUCCCGGCCAUUUCUCGCUGCCUUUCAAGAGGACUGGUAGUUGAGCCACACCGAGCGUCGACACAACAAGAAGCAGACAAUGAACAGCUACAAGAAAUUAAAAUAGAAGUAGAUGAAGGCAUUCCAAACGUUGCACACAUUGAUCCAGAGGAGCAAAUUCACGAAAUCUGUGCUUCUCCUGGUCAAAUUUCACCAACAGAGGAAGUUUCGCAACAACUCCAACACCAGCAUCACAGUGUUGCUGGAGAAUUUCUAUCAAGAGAAUCGUCAGUUGAGCAACACGGAACGUCGACACUUCUAGAAGAAGGGAACCAACAGCAACAAGAAGAAGAAGAAGUUCCAGCCCGUGUGCAAGUUGAUUCUUCAUCAGAAGAGCAAAACCCACCGAAACUUGAAUCGGAACAAGCUGCCUGUGACGCCGCACCGCUACCAGAAGAGGCUACACAGGUGCAAAUGACCGAAGUUUUUGUCCCACAAAGAGAGCCUACUCCUGUCGAAGUUCAACACGAUUCGAUUCCAGCUUGGGAAGCUACUCCAGUUGUCCAGGAAGCAGUACCACUACCAACUCAAGAAGCUACUCCACAACGACAAGCUGAGCCUCUGGAAACUAUUCAAGAAAGCGCUCUGUUGUCACAUAUUGUGGUUGACAGAGCAUUGACACCACAACCACGAUUGGACCAAAUGGACACUCGACAACCAGUAUCAUCCCCACCACCACCACCAAGACAGUCAAGUUCACUGGAUACAUCGUCUGAAGUCAAUGAGUCUCCCAGUACGUCUCAAAGCAGCAGCAAGAAGAAGCCGAAGGUCCGCUCUCGUGAACUGGAAAGGUUGCUCAAAAUGGAUUUCGGACCAAAAGAGGGUGGUAACCUGGAAGAUUGUGGAUACACUGCUGGAACCCGUUGCCUAUCAAGAGGAAGGUCAAUUGAGCAACGCAGGGCGUCAUCAUUGCGAGACCCAGACUAUCAACGGAUACAAGAAAUAAAAAUAGAAGAAGAAGACGACGAGGUACCAGCUGCUGCUCCCCAAGUUGAUGCUUCACCAGAAGAGCAAAAUCCACGACAACUUGAUUCGGAACAAUCUACAUCUGAUGCCACACAAACACGAGAUGAAUCUACGCCGGUGCAAAUGCCAGAAGUGGUGGUUCGAGCUGAGGAGCCGACUCCAGUUGUCCAAGAAACAAGAGAAACUCCUGCAGUGUCAAAAGAAGCGUCUGAAGAUAUUCAAGCGCCAAUAUCAACUUACGAAGAAACUCCUCCACUACAGGAAGAGCUCGAGGAAACCACUCAACAGAGCACUCCACAGUCACGUCUCGUAGUCACACCAAGCAGAGCGGUCACGUCACAGUCACAAUUUGUAACACCAGAUCCAAUAGAAGCAGGAUCCACUCGAGCAUCUAGGCACAACAGAUCAAUGGGUAGAUCGUCAGAAAGGACUGAAUCUCCCAACGCAUCUAAAAACAGAGUGAAGAGAAAUCCAAAGGCUCGCAAUAGUGAACUCGAUAACUUGCUGAAAAUGGAUUUUGGACCUAAAGAGGGUGGCAAUCUUGAGGAUUGUGGAUACAGAGCUGGAAGGCGUUGCCAAUCAAGAGGGCUGUCAGUUGAGCAACGCAGGGCAUUGUCGCUCCGAGAACAGGACAAUCAUCAACAACUAGAAGUAAAAGAGGAAGGAGAAGAAGCAGAAGAAGAGGUUGCUGUCCCUGCUCAAGAUGCAUCAAUAGAAGAAGAACCGGCAACAGCAGGAGAAGGUACACCGGAACCUAUGACCUCCCCAAGGCAGUUAAACAGAUCGAUGGAUACUCCAUCAGAGAUGAAUGACUCUUCGAAUACGCCUGAAAGCAGUAACAAGAGGAAGCCAAAGGCUCGCGGACGGGAACUAGAUAGUUUGCUCAAAAUGGAUUUUGGACCAAAGGAAGGUGGCAACCUCGAGGAUUGCGGCUACAAUUCCGGGACUCGUCGUAGCCUAAGAGGCAAAUCUAUCGCAACUACGCCAACACCAGUGCCAACUUCACUAAGACGAGGAAGGUCUGCGAAACCAAAGGUUGAAGAAGUAUCGUCAGAAAGUGAAGAAAACGAUGAUGAGGACGAGGACGAAGAUGAUGAGUUUGAGAUCCCUGAUAACCAUACACCUUCCACCAGUACUAGAAUGUCGACACGGAAGCGGUCGGCAAGUCGAGGAGUCAUACAAUCUGCGAAAUUUCAAAAAACUGGCACAUCAAGUAGUACACCGAAACGUGACAGAAAAACUCCUGCUAGACAGAAAAGUUCUCCAGCGCCUGGUCCAACAACACGCUCGCAAAGAUUACGAUCUGAAAAAAAGUCUCUGACACCAGCUCCAAGACGCCAAUCGGAAAGAUUGGCUUCUCAAAGUUCUCCAGCACCGGGUCCAACUCGACGAUCGCAAAGAAUAAGCUCUCACAGGAAUUCUCCAUAUACUGGGCCAUCUACCAGUACUCGGAGAAAGACUCUUCAAAGAGAUUCUUCAAGUCCUGCUUUAUCAUCUACGACUCGGAUGACAAGAAGUUCCCUUCGUAGAGCCGAUUCUCAAGCAAGUGGGAAGUCAUUUGCAACUCCGAUAGCAACUAGAUCACAACGCAGAGGUAGAAGACAAUCUCCAAGUACGGCGCCGUCAUCUUCGACUAGAAUGGCAACGAGAUUGAGUCUCAGAAACAGAGAAGAUUCUCAAGCAAGUGACGCAUCAUUCUCGAAUUCACAAGCAGCUACAUCUCAAAGAAAUUCGCCAUCUCCUGGACCAUCAACUUCAACUCGGCGAGCACCCAGCUCGAUUCCUCAAAAUAAUUCUCGAAGAGAAAAUUCUCACGACGCCUUCCCCAAUUCUCCACCAGCUCCACCAACAGCUGUCACGGCGACAGUUCCUGCCACAGCGGCUCUACCGGCUGAUGCUCCAAAUUCCGCCACUUCUCCAGUACCUCCAAUUGGCCCAGAAGCUCCACCAGAGCUUGAAAUGCCAGAACUUUUUCAAGCAGCACAACAAGCGCCAAUCGAGUUUGAUGACGCUCCACCAAUUCUCACACCUGCCGGUAGUCCUGGUCCAGCACCCCCACCAUUGUCACCACCACCAGUUAUUGUUCUUGACGAUGAACCACAGCAACCGGCAGUUCAAAAUAACCGUAAUGUCAACGUGGCUGGCCGAGGAGGUGUUCGUCAAAUAGCGAAUGUUUUCCCAAUUCAACCAAGAGUCGCGCCAACACCAAGACAAAUAUUACCACGUCCUGAAGUAUACCGAAGAGGAGGAGUUGUCCAACAGCACCCGCGAGUCGUGCAACGCUACCGUCCCAUGUAUAAUGUGCAAAACCAGCACCCCCAACCGAUUGCUCCAAGAAAUCUCAUUCGACCACAACAACAACCACAAAAUCAUCAACGACAAUAUGUUCGAAAUGGGGUCUCAUGGCAGCAACUCCGAGCGGGACUUCCGGAUAUGUCUUUACGUGAAUACCUUGGAGCAAUGGGCGACUUCAAUCAGGCGGGCCUGCCGGUACCAACACCUUUCCUCGAAAUUCAACAACGGAUGGAGGAAACUGUCCACCACCGAUUGGCACGGCAGGAACGGAGACAAGAAGAAGACGACUGUCUUAUGAGAGAAGCACGUGUUCAAUUAGAGAGGAGAGGAAACGGUGCCACCCCAGAGCGUGCCCAACGAAGACAAGCUGGUUCAUCACAACCGUCCGCUCCACCAGCUUCUGCGGCUCCAGCAGCGACCCCGGGAACUUCCGCUCCUCAGACUGCGUCAGCUCAGGCCACAGUAUCUCCACAAGCGCGUUCAGAACAACCGACUCCGCAAGCUUCUCCAGCCGUCAACCCAGCUGCUCAACCCGAACCAGUCGAAGAAGCUCAGCCUGUUGUACCAGCUGUACCUGCUCCAGCACAACUCGUGGACAGAGCCCGAGCUCGAGCUAUCCGACGAGCCAACCGACCAGAAAUGCCACAAUUGAUUUUGUUCCCUACAGGGCCAAACCCACAAAUGGUGUGCGAGUGGAUUCGUGCGGUCGACGCCUCUGAACUGGGCGAGUCAUUUGCUGGAAAGGUCCUUGAAAGGAACUACGACGGAUAUUUGAUCGGAGAGCUGGUCACAAGACCCGAUGAGAUGCAAAGAGAGUUUGAAAUGAAUAUCACUCAGUUUGCUCGGUUCCGUUACAACGCGGCAGAAGUAGUGAACCGAUUCAACAAAAUGAAUCAUGAACUCGCGAUGGAGGAGUUUGAAGAUCGACUUCGGGAAUGGGAAAUUCAGCACCCAGAUCUUGUUUAA